GGCGGCGGGAGCGGGCGCGGGGCCGGUGCUGUCCGCGGCGCUGCGGGUGCUGAAGGGCGGGCGCGCGGGUGCCCCGCGCCGCCUCCCCGCGGCGCCCCGGGACCGGGGGCUUGUGCGCCGCGCCGGGACUGGGCGGGAAGCGCCGCCCCGGGAAUUGCUUCGAGUUCCCUCCGGACUAGCUGGCUCCCUCGCCGGGUGGCGGCGGGUCCGCCUUUGGCUUUGUUAGACGAAGAAGUAGCCCUCCGUCUGCGACUCCCGCCGGGGACCCGGCGUUUGACACUGUUUUUCCCUUGCGGACUUUAGCGACUCUUGGAUACGGUCUGUUCCUGUCAAAAUGUUUAUGUGGUGGUCAGCUGCUUUACUUCUUGGAUGCAUUGGAGCAGAUGGAUGGCCAGCCAAGGAAGGAUAUGACUUUAGGCCUUAUCGGCCCUAUCAGCCUCUAGUAAGAUUACGCCACAAGCAGGAAAAGAAUCAGGAAAGCUCAAGAAAUAAAGGGUACAUGGGUCAAGAUGGCCAUUUGGGAUCGUGUGAAAACAAGUACUGCGGCCUGGGUAGACACUGUGUUAUGAAUGGGGAGACCGGCCAAGCUGAGUGUCUGUGCAUGGAGCACUGCAAGCCGCACUACAAGCCCGUGUGUGGUUCUGAUGGAGAAUUCUAUGAAAACCAUUGUGAAGUGCACAGAGCUGCCUGCCUCAAAAAGCAAAAGGUCACCAUUUUACACAAUGAAGAUUGCUUCUUCAAAGGGGAUAAAUGCAAACCUACUGAAUACACCAAAUUGAAAAACAUGUUACUGGAUCUACAAAACCAGAGAUACUUUGCACAAUCAAAAGAUAAAACCCUUGAUGAGAAAAUGGCUUUAAAGAAACUUCUUGUAGAUCAAAUGUUUAAUUAUUUUGAUUCAGACAACAAUGGACUUGUGGAUACUAAUGAAUUAUCGCAGGUAAUAAAACGGGAUGAGCUUGGCAAGGAUCUGUCUGACUGCUCUCUGUUCGAUUUGCUGAAAUACGAUGAUUAUAACAGUGACAAGCACCUAGCUCUGGAAGAAUUCUAUAGAGCUUUUCAGGUAGUUCAGCUGACUCUGCCUGAAGAUCAAAAAGUAAGCACCACUGCAGCAACAGUGGGACAAAGUGCUGUCUUAAGUUGUGCAAUCCAGGGAUCUCUGAGGCCUCCCAUCAUCUGGAAGAGGAACAAUGUUGUUCUGAAUAGCUUAGAUUUGGAAGAUAUCAAUGACUUUGGAGAUGAUGGGUCCUUGUACAUUACUAAGAUUACCACAACUCAUAUGGGAAAUUACACCUGCUAUGCUGAUGGCUAUGAUAAGCUCUAUCAAACUCAUAUUCUCCAAGUGAACGUGCCACCAGUCAUCCGAGUCUAUCCAGAGAGCCAGGCAAGGGAGCCGGGUGUGACAGCUAGCCUUCGGUGCCAUGCUGAAGGUAUUCCCAACCCACAACUUGGCUGGCUGAAAAAUGGGAUUGAUAUCACUCCGAAGUUAUCCAAACAGCUAACUCUUCAAGCAAAUGGCAGUGAGGUUCACAUUAGUAAUGUGCGCUAUGAAGACACAGGAGCAUAUACUUGUAUUGCAAAGAAUGAAGUAGGGGUGGAUGAAGACAUUUCUUCUCUGUUUGUAGAAGAUUCUGCUCGAAAGACCCUUGCAAACAUAUUGUGGCGAGAGCAAGGUCUGGGAAUUGGGAACAUGUUUUAUGUUUUUUAUGAAGAUGGCAUCAAAGUAAUACAACCAGUGGAAUGUGAAUUUCAGAGACAUAUUAAGCCUAGUGAAAAACUCCUCGGUUUUCAGGGUGAAGUUUGUCCCAAAGCAAAUGGAGAUCCUGUUCAGCGGUGUGUAUGGGCAACUGCUGUUAAUGUAAAAGACAAGUUUAUUUAUGUAACUCAGCCCACACUUGACAGAAUUCUUAUUGUUGAUGUACAGUCACAGAAAGUUAUACAGGCAGUAAGUACAGAUCCUGUUCCAGUGAAACUACACUAUGAUAAAUCACAUGAUCAAGUCUGGGUGCUGAGCUGGGGAAACAUGGAAAAGAAUUCACCAACUUUGCAGGUAAUAGCACAAGCCAGUGGGAGUGUUCCUCAUCACACAAUCCAUACUCAGCCAGUGGGAAGGCAGUUUGACAGGGUAGAUGACUUUUUCAUUCCGGCUACAACCCUCAUCAUUACCCAUAUAAGGUUUGGAUUUAUUCUUCAUAAGGAUGAGCCUGUGCUCCAGAAAAUUGAUCUAGAAACGAUGUCGUACAUCAAGACAAUUAGUUUAAAGGAUUAUAAUUGCAUUCCUCAGUCACUGGCUUAUACACAUCUUGGAGGAUUUUUUUUUAUCUGCUGUAAGCCUGAUACCACUGGGGCUGUCCUACCGCAGCUUAUAGUGGAUAGUGUAACUGAUUCUGUGAUUGGAUACAAUGGCGAUGUAACAGGCAUGCCACAUGUCUCUCCAGAUGGACACUACCUUGUCAGCAUUGAUGAUGCAAAAGGUCUCAUGAGGAUCCAGUCCAUAACAAUGAGAGGAGAAAUACGGGAUGCAUUUGACAUUCACACUAAUUUGCACAUAUCUGAUGUAGCUUUUCAGCCAUCAUUCACUGAAGCUCAUCAAUACAAUGUCUACUGUAGCUCCAGCACACAAACUGAUGUUCUCUUUGUGGAGCUCUCCUCUGGCAAGGUUAAGAUGGUGAAGAGUCUGAAGGAGCCUGUCAAGGCAGGCGAAUGGCUUUGGAACAGUAAGAACCGUCUUAUAAAAGACAGUGGCCUUUUUGGUCAGUAUCUCAUGACCCCUUCCAAGGAAUCUCUGUUUAUCCUGGAUGGACGCCUCAAUAAGUUAAAUUGUGAAAUCACUGAAGUUGAGAGAGGCAACACAGUAAUUUGGGUUGGAGAAGCAUAAGGGUCUGUGUUAGAUAUUUACUGAAUUAAUAGUUUUACAGUACAUUGCACUUAAAUUACACCAUUCUUCAUAUUUACACAAUUUUAUUUUUCAAUUGUUAGACCCUUCUAUACAUGUUAUUUCUUUGACUUGAACACAAUUUGAAUCAACUUCUACAUAAAAGUUACUAAAACAAUGGCUAUUUCAUAAUGGUACUCCUUAUUAAUUAUCAGCUGAGAUUGUGUUGUUUGACUGAAAUUACUAGAUAUUGAAAUUGAUGAGAAAUAUACAUUAUUUUAAAUGAAGUAGGGAAAAAAACCAAAAAGCUUCAGGGAAUUUAAAAUGAUACUUUGCAUUUGUAAAUGGAAGACUUAAAUAUGAUUCAAAUUUUGGUUUGGUUUGCUUCAGACACAAAAUAAGAGCUGUUUGUACCAUCUUUGACUCCUUAAACUGAAAUGUUAUGUCCUGUUCUGUCCAGUCCACUGUUUAAUCUUUUUGUGCCUUGAAGCGAAAGUCUCACAUGAAAGGUAAAGCAUUGAAAUUGCAUAAUUUAUUCCCACUGUGGCUACAGGAUUGCUUGUAAUUGGAAAGAAACUUUUAGUAUAAAAUUUCUAGCCUCAAGUUGUGGAACAUACAUGGAGAGGAAAAAAGGAGAAAUUAUAUUUGCAGGGUUUUCUGCUCACUGCGAUUUGAGGACUUUAUUUUUAUGGUGAGUCUUAGCUGAAGGAGUUGCUUGCAGUAGCUUAACCGUUUUUUAGAAAAAAAUAGAUGUUAGGUUUUUCAGCUGUCACAGAGUUUCAUCAGCGAGGAAUUUCGGUUCUACUAAAGAGAAACACUGCACUUACCUUUCAGAGCAAACCAUGUUCUAAAAACCUGGCAUCACAAAGCUUCACUUAUGUCAUCAAGGAAAUUGUUAUUUAAAAACAAACAGAAUGCAUUUUAAGAAACUGAAAAUGCAAAGAACUGAAGUCUACAACCAGUAGAUAACAUUUUUGCUUAUGUACCAUUGAUCCAUAUUUGUUAAACCAUUUGGUUAGCUCAACGGGUUUUCUAUUCCAUGCAUCCAAUUGGAUUGUGCAAAAUGAACAAACAACAAAAACUUUGUAUUUUUUAUAGUUUGUUUACUUAGAAUUCUAAUAUUAACAAUGCUUAAACAUGUAAAUGGGAAAAAUAAGAUUGCCAGAAGUAGACUAACAAGUCAGUAGGAUCAGAAAGCCAGCAGUAAACAACUAUCCAGACUUAGAGCAAUGACUUAGAAGUUUGGGAGUAUUUUUAUUUUUAUUAUGUUUUUGCUAAAGAAUGCUUAUAAGCUCUUAAACUGACCUCCAUUUACUGAAAGCAAUCAGAAAAAAAAUAAUCUUUUUUUAAACAAAAUUUUACUGCAAUUCAGAUUGUGUAAAAUUGCUUAGAAAUCUGGAAUUUUCUAGCAUUGUAAUCUUGUGUGCAUUUAGCAUCCUGCCCUGUGUGGUACAGUAGAUCUCUCUUUAGCUUGAGCAAACCUUCUGGUAGGUAGAUUUAACUAAGAUAAGAGUCUGCUUACAUUUCUAGCUACUGAAUCUGUUUUCCUUUUUAACAACUUUUCUCUGUUGUGAACAAAGAACCAUGUAAACUGUUACUCACUUACUUGCAGUAGUCUGUCUCAUGCAUUUUUCUUCUGUAACUUAUACCACGUGAAUGUUCUGUAUGUAGAAAAUGCUUGACAAAAGGAGAAUAAACCCCAUAAAUUUUAAUCA